CGUCAAUUCUCUUCAAUUGAAACAUUUACAAUAAACUGUUGAUAGUUCGAAGCUGGAAAAAUGCUGAGUCGAAGAUCUUUCACACUACUGCUCAUUGGCUUGGUGGCAUCCAUGUUCGUAAUCGUGGACGUGAGUGGAGAAGCACCACCCGGGAAGAAAGAUUACGAGAUUGUACCUGCGAGCAAACGAGAACCGCCAAAAAAAUAUGCCAAACCGGUUUUAGUUAAACAAAAUUCAUCUUCCGAGAAAGAAAGCGCAGAUGUUCCUGCACCAGUAUCAUCUAACGAUCCAAGCACUCAAGGAUAUGAUAACGGCCUAGAAUCUCGCGUAGGGCUAGGCGUAGCCUUGGAUCCAGAUUUGUCAACACCAACAUUACUGCAUGCAAAUGUUGCUAAUAAAAAUCACCGAGAAAAUAAGGCCAAGGAGCCACCAAAAAGUAUCGUAAAAAGCAAGGUCAAAGAAAUUAACGAUCGCAUAAAAAAUAACGGUCCGGUUCCGUCCGGGAAAGCAAAAGCAAGAAAAGCUUAAACAACAAUUAACUUCAAAGAAGAAGCACUUCUUAAUUGAAAAGCUAAUGGGCUAGCUUUCAAAUAUGACAUUGUCAUGUUCAUAAAAUGUAAAAACAUAGAGCAUUUAAGUUUAUUUUGUUCAACUGAAAGAAAUGAAUAAACGGUUUUCUGUGUG